GGUCCUCGCCAGGCCGCGGCCCGUCGCCUUGACGACCGCAACAAGAUGGCGAGCCUGCCGGGCGGGACUCACGGGCUGUACCCUGAGGCGCUGAGCCCCGAGCAGCUGGAGCAGCUGCGCGGCUAUAAGAUUCAGAUUCGGAUUACUAAUGAAAAGUACCUAAGGACUCACAAAGAAGUGGAGUUGCUCGUAAGUGGUUUCUUCAGAGAAAUAUUUCUGCAAAGACCAGACAACAUUCAAGAAUUUGCGGCAGACUAUUUCACGGAUCCAAGACUUCCCAACAAGAUUCACAUGCAGCUAAUUAAGGAGAAGAAAGCGGCUUAAUUAGCAAAAUCAUGAUGCUCAGCUGUUGAGAGAGCCCAGAAAGAAUCCAGCCUCAGGGUGGGUGUUAACCUCACUUACAGACAGAGGCUUCUUUACUCCUGUGAAAAUACGCACGCACCGGCUCCUCGGCCCAGGGUGUGAAAGAAACCAAACAGACGCUGCAGAGAAAUUUCGUGCAAGUGUUGAGUUUUCCUGACACCACUCUGGGGAGUUGGGGGCUGUGAAGAGAGGCUCGGGGUUUGUCUGGCAUGUCUGUGGCAGGGAGAGACAUCCGUCUUCUUAAUCCAGUGACACAGAUUAAGAGGAUGGAAAUGGGAGUAGCUGUGGAGGAAAGAGAGGCAGCGAGAUGGGGGUGGGAGGCCUUAGGAUCAAGGCCUUGCGCUGAGGCUGCGGAAUUCCAGCGUGGCCCUCUCCUUCUGUCCAGAGGGGCUUUUCCUACUGCUUCUGGAAAGUGUGGGGGCAGUUUGGAUCGGGCGCCCCCCGCCCCAGGCAAACCCAGCUACGUGAUGAGGACCAUCACCCAUUUCGCAGGCUCGAUUUCUGAGAUGGUUUUGCAGGUCGGGCUCUUUAAAUGUGAGGUAGGCGGAAGCCACACUCCGGAGUUAGUAGCACCGUUUCUGUUCCGCAGGGUCAUCUGGGAGCAAGAGAGCCCUGCUGCCAUCAGUGUGGGUUUCCAGGCUGCCUUGGGCUGUGUCUGCUGUUGCAAAGGCUUUUAAAGAUACUCAUUAAAACCAGACCUUCCUGCUCUCUCUGCUUUCUUUUUACUCCGAAGGAGGAAGACAUCCUUCCUGGGAGGGCUGCUCUGGCCCUGAUCUGACCCAGCAGGUCGCAGGCCUGUUUCUUGGUCCGGGGCAGAGGCCUCCGCUAGGUCUGCGGGCUGUUUCCACAGGUGCCUCAUCCGUGUGCUCCCUGCCUCCAGCCCCUCACUCCCAGGGCCGAGAGGGGACCAAAGAGCAGGGGCGGGGAUCCUGAGAGGCCCGCAGCUGGUGGUGGUGGUGCUCAGACAAGCAGAGGCCACGUUUCUGAGGUGGCUUUCGUUUUUUAUCUUACCUCCUGGGUUACUGUGCAGUGUGGACAGGUGGUGAUUAACUUUUAUUUCCGUAGCAGCAAUAAGAAGAGGAACUGGGCUGGAAGGACAGCAAGAGAGAAAGGGAUGGGACAUAGAAAACCCAUUCGGGGUCACGAAUAUUGUGAAAUAAGAGCUCAGUGGGUGACUCGGAGGCGGUGGACUUUGUUCUUGUGGAUUUUUAAGAACAAGCUGCCCACCCACUGGACUUUGAGCUUGGAGGCAGGAGGGUGGCCAGUUGGCCUGGAGGGGUCCUUGCCAGAUCUAGGAGGCGUCGGAAGUCUUCCGUGUGCGUGUCCUAACUCACUGACUCCACUGUGGGAAGGACCUCUCACCUGGGUCAUUUCACCACCGCAAGAGAAGCACCAGACAAUCCAGACUCUUAUUUUUAUUUCCCUUAUCUCUGCUCUUGUUCCAGCUACCCUCCCCACCACAGUAGUAGAAAGGGCAACAAGACGGGGCAUUUGGAGGACUUUAAAUAUAGAUAAUAAGCUAUGACAUAGGAACCUGAGGCGUUAUUUUAAGUGAUUUCACAAUCACACUCCUGCAGCCAUGGCUCUGACAACGAGGUGUCCCUGUUUAGAAAAUCCAAACGAAGCCUUCAGCCAGACACACAUCUACGAAGGACCUCUGAUGUGAAGAGUUCUAUUAGAUACUCUGGGCACCUUUCGUCAGAGAAGAGACCUGCAGCCGCGUAAGCAGAGAGCAGAGUGUUUUUCAAAAUGCUGAACGCCGUGAGUGUACAACAGCUGGUGCUUGGCGAGUUUCUGGGUAAAAUUAAGAAAUACAUUUCUUUUAAAAUACAUCUCGAAGCCUUCCUAAGUGAAGAAUGCAUUUAACACGUGGUCACAGUGCACCCUCUUUGUGUGAGACGGUGGGCGCUGGGUCCGGGCGUGAGGCAGAGACAUUGUCCCCGCCCACAGGGGUUCAUGGUCUGGGAGAUGGGCUGCUUUUCUCUCCAAACCCUAUCUGAAUGGCUCACCUUUUAGACUGAAAGCUCCACCAGGGCAGGGGCCAGAUCUAAAAAUCGAGUUGUUUGCUAUUGAGUUCACAACUCAUAGCACAGCGUCUGAAUCUAGUGGCUGCUCAGCAUGCAUUUGUUGGAGACGGAAUUAGCAAUCACGUGACAUCGAUUGCUCUCUAGACUGUCGUACAGCUCUGAUGGAAGUAGGGCCACGAUACAGGAGGAGGUAGAAGAAAGAACACCCACUCUGCCUGCGUGUGAGGGAAGCCUCGUGGAAACUGGUGUGUGAUGUAGAGGAAGGGAUUUGCUAGGAAGGCUGGAGUAGUUGGGUAUCCCAGUGCUUCUGUUCUGCUGAGCAGGAUGGUGGUGGCCUGCUGAUUCUCAAUGACCCCUUUCUUCCUUGCUUCUGGAGCAGAGGGGGCAAGUGAAGAAGGAGAGGGGAGCAGCUGCCGGAUCAGUCCCAAAGCAGUGUCUGUCCCACCCACCCUUCCUGAUUCAUUCUCCAUGUCGCAGUUAGAAUGAUAUGUAUCUAUAUAUAUAUUUGGCCUCACUCACGGCAUAUGGAAGUUCCCAGGCCAGGGAUCGAACCUGUGCCACAGCAGUGACAGGGUUAGAUCCUUAACCUACUAGGCCACCAGGGAGCUCCUAGAAUGGUCUUUUAAGAAAUCUAAAUCAGUAUGUCACUCUCCUGCCUAAAACUCUUUAGUGGUCUUCCAAUUACUCAAAACCCAGAAGGCUUUGCAGGUUCCCAAGUCCCCUCCACCUCUCAGACAUCAUCUGCUCUUUCCUCUCUCCUUGCUGGACUCCAGCCACACCAGUUUUUUCUCCCUCAAACAUGGCCAAGGUAGUUCGCACUUUAGGCCUUUGAACUGUGCCUGGAUUUCUCUCCCCCAGCGCCUCACCUUACCAGGUCCCAAUUGGGAUGCUCUGCGCUAGAAGAGAAAACUGCUGGGCAGAUAGGCCACGCCUUUCUCAGGUAGCAGGUCCACAGGCGGCAGCUGCUGAUGGCAGCUCAGGGGCUGCCUCUCUGCAAUUUCUUCCCUUUCAGGGUCGGAGGAGGAGGACCAGGAGCAGAUGUGGCAGUGAUGCUUGUCUUUCUUUUCAGGAAAGCAAAAGUUUCCCCAGGACACCCCAUUCACUCCCCAACUUUCACUACCAUUUCAUUGGCCAGAACUGUGCAUGUGGCCCCCUCUUUAAGAGAGGCUGGGAAAUUGAAGAUUUAGCCAGUGAAAAAUACCCUAGAUUGCCUCUUGUCACUUCCUCAGAGAUUCCUUUCCUGGGGAUCCAAGUGAAGUGGCCUCCCCCGGACAUUCAAAAAAA